AUGGACAAAGAUGAGCACAAGAAUAAAGACUUGAAGGAACGCACAGCGUUGAAACAGAAAAAGAUGAUGGACUUGCCGCUACAAUACAUUCAUCAUUCUGUCAAAGAAUUCCUCGUGCUGGAUGAGACGAUAAGCUUCUUCCAGCGCGUAAUAGACAAUGACCUCGACCCAAAGCUGCCGCUUAUCUGGUCAAUGAUACAGAGGAUCAGGAUUGCUAAGAAGGUAGCCCUCACCGGAUUCAGAACCAGGCUUAACAGUCUUGUAGACUCCACACUUCUUCUAGCUUUAUCUCGCCUGCAAGAAGGCAAGCCGAGCCCUGUUGGACUUCUGGAUCUUCUUGACAGCACCAUGCAGCUCAUACAAUCUGACCAGGAGGUGUCGUGGGUGACUUCUGCAAUCCGACAUAUUGCCUUUUGCUGCCACUCGCGGUAUAUUCAUGAUCUCGAGAAGGCAAUUAUCCGAAUUAUCCCACGACAAACACUGCAACUAAAUGAAAACAUGUUUCACGAUGAUUUUCUAUCUUUGGCGAUUUGUUACAGUAUUACGGAUUACGUGCAACUCAAAAUUGCUAAGCACUCUUUGGGCAUCAAGAAACCGGGUAGGCCUUAUCUGGACUACGCUCUAGCGAGACAACCCUAUGGUUCUAUAGCUGAAUGUGCAAUAACCCCGAGGAUGGUUCAGAUACUGUUGCAAUCGGGGGCCGAAGUGAAUGAGCAUUGUCCCAGUCAAGCCCCAGCGCACAUGUCCGGUCUCAGUGACCUAAUACGAGCUUCCUAUUGGGCUAGCUGGACACCAUGGAAGAGUGCAUUGUCCACUGUAUCUGAGCCGCCAUUUCAUUACCAUGAUCUCACGAUGUUUGGACAUAAUCAGGACGCGGAGCAACGCCGGAAUUGGCUUGAAGUAUUCCAGCUUCUGCUGGCCAACGAACCAGAUGUAGGCGUGAAAUGUUGGGUAAUGGAUCCCGAUGAUCGCAGCUUGAGGAGAACCUUCACCGUGAGCGAAAUUAUUGCGAAUGCGUUCGGCAACCAACAUCCCAAAGAUACUGCCAAUCUGAUUGCGAGGGUAGAAACAUUGGCACACGCUCAGAAAUGCCCAGUCUACCAACAGAGAUUGGCAGGCGAGGUCAUGGAGACACUGAGAAGGACACUUGUUCCUCACUUGGAGAUGACACCAGCACAAGAAGCGUAUUGGGGGUCGGACGACAAGGAGCUUUUGUAA